GUCAGCGGCACAGCACAUUUGCCGGAUUGUGCCGGAGUUGCAGCAAGACACCUUCAUGUGGAUCCUGUUGCAUGGUCUGGGCAGAUUGUGCUGCAACUGUCCAUCUUUCCUCUUGUGCGGGUGCUCAAGACACCCUUGGGGAACGCGCUCCUGGUGGGCGUCGGUGGCAGUGGCCGCAAGAGUUUAGCCACCUUGGGAACCUUCGUGGCCGAGUUCCAAACUCAGACGGCACAGCUGGUGACAGCUUGGGCCACAGGUGGCACAGUUGGCACAGGUGCGUUUGAAGCUUUUAGAGAGAUGUACGACCACUUCUCCAUCGAGAUCACCAAGAAGUACAGCGUGGAUGAUUGGCAUGAAGAUGCCCGGAAUGCCAAGCUGAGCUCGAUAGGCGGCACGCAAGAGGCACCUGUGCAGGAGUCCUUCCUAGAAGAUACCUCCAGCUUGCUGAACAAUGGUGAAGUCCCAAACCUCUUCAAUGCUGAAGACAAGACAGCCAUUAUGGAGGGCUGUGGUGCUGCAGCCCAAGCAGCUGGCUGCAAUGGUCCAGCAGAGACCUUGGCGUUCUUCACCGAGCAAUGUCGCAAGAAUCUUCAUUUGAUUCUGGCACUGUCCCCCAUUGGGGAGGCCUUCAGGCGUCGUGUUCGCAUGUUUCCAGCCAUUGUGAACUGCUGCACCAUCGACUGGUUCAUGGAGUGGCCACAAGAAGCCUUGAGGAGCGUCGCGACGCACUUCCUGCAGAAGGUCGACCUGUCUGAAGAUGUGUUCUCUGGAGUGGUGGAGAUCUGCGUGCAAAUGCAAGAGUCCGUCUUCGGGUUGACCGAUCGCUUCCGCAGAGAGGUUCAACGCCACUACUAUGUCACUCCCACCUCCUAUUUGGAGCUCAUCAACUCCUUCAAGGACGUCUUGGCUUCGAAGCGGGACGAGGUGUCUUCGGCCAAGCGGCGCUACGACGACGGGCUGGAGAAGGUGAUCUCCACGGAGGAACAGGUCAAAACCAUGUCCAUUCAACUUGAAGAGUUGCGGCCUGUCUUGAAGCAGACUUCUGCGGAGACGGCUGAGUUGAUGACGGUCAUAGAGCACAAACAGGAGGAGGCCUCAGCGACGCAAGCCAUGGUGGCCAAGGAGGAGGAAGCCGCCUCGCAGCAGGCGACCCGGGAUCGCGAGUUCUCGGACCAAACCCACGAAGUUCGAUGGGACGCAGAGGCAGCUCGCACCAUGAAAGAGGAGUGCCAGGCGGAUUUGGACAAGGCAUUGCCAGCUCUAAAUGCCGCCCUGGAUGCAUUGAAGAGCUUGAAGAAGAGUGACCCGCCUGAAGUGAAGAAUAUGAAGUCCCCUCCUGAAGGAGUCAUUACAGUCUCCAAGGCCCUCUGUUGGAUGUUUGAUGUGAAACCAAAGAAAGUCACCGCAGAGGAUGGCAGGACCAAGAUCGAUGACUAUUGGGAGCCAUCCAAGAAGAGCUUGUGGGGUGACUCAAAGAUGCUGGAUCGCUUACUGGGCUAUGACAAAGACCACAUCCCGGUGGAAGUGAUCGAGAAGCUAAAGCCAUUGGAGGAAGAUCCUGAGUUUGAUCCGGAGGUGAUUCGAAAGGCAUCCACUGCAGCGAUGGGAAUCUGCAAGUGGGUGAGGGCCAUGAUCGUCUACGACGGUGUGGCAAAAGUCGUUGGCCCGAAGAAGGAGGCUCUAGCGGGGGCUGAGCAGGAGCUGGCCAAGGCACCGGCUGCAGUCACUUGCCACACGCAAAAGAGGCAGAUUGACAAUGUCGCACAGCUCCUGGCUGACUUUGAGUCUGCAAGGAAAAAGAAGGAUGACUUGGCAGUGCAGGCCAGCUUGCCCAGGGUGGAUGACUGCAGCAAGCGACUGGUGCGGGCGGAGAAGCUCAUCAGUGGCCUGGGAGGGGGUGCUGUUUGGGGGUGCUGCAGCGCAAUGCAACAUGAAGGAAGCAAUGACUUAGCUUCCGCUGUGCGGAAUGCUGCCAGUGAAAUGUCCGCCUACAGCUCCUCACGCCCAUCUCGUUCCUCGAGUGAAGCCUGCCUCUCAAAACGACACAAACGCCGCUCCCGACGGCAAGUGCAAGAAGAGGGCUUUACACUCGAGCAGCAACAAAAGGCAGUGCAAGACGCCGCCUUUGAACGCUACAUCGAGUCACUCCGGAAAGAUGCCCGAAAAGCUGUGACCGAGGCUAGGGUCUGGCAGGAGACAGUGAAAGGUGGCAUGGAUGAAGAACAGACUGAGAGGCAACACAAGCGGAAUUUGUGUCAGAAGAAUCAAGCCCAGCUUCUUUCACAGAUCGAAAACAACAAGGCCAGACGAGCAGAAUCUCGAAGAGAAUUCAUCGAGGCUGCAUCGUCACACUCGUUCCCUUUGUUCACCGAAACCUUCAUCUCACUUCCAGAAGUGGAAGAGUAUGAGAGGAAGCGCAAGGAGCAUUGGAGGAAGGAGCUUGACAAUCAGAUGGCCACCAAUCAGAUUCUUCACAACUUGGAGCUCAAGAAGCACCAUGACAUGGCCAUUGCCUCCUACAAAGAGAACGUGGAAAGAACCACCAAGGCACGUAGAGAUGAGAGAGACCGCUUAGCUUACCAGGGUAGAGAGCUCGUGGCUUCAUGGGAGAGAGAUAUCCGACUCAAAGACCUGAAGCGUGCCAUGGAAGUUGGCAAAGAUGUGGUGAAGGAGAUUGAUAGCCCAAGUCUGAACGUGCGCAAGGUGCUCAUUGGUUCCGGGAUCAUCGCCUACCUGGGCACCUUCACCGGUCGCUAUCGCGUGGACACCGUACGGAGCUGGGCCCGGGCGGCCCAGCGAGCGCGGGGUUCGCAUGCUGAGGUUCAGCUGAUGAAGGACAAUCAAUUGCCUUCAGCACAGGAGUUCUCCUUGCGCUCGGUCCUGGGAGACGAGGCGAGAGCCGAGAACGGCUAA